AUCGAUCACAUCUUCAAUAGGAAGCUUGGACUGUUGUCAAAUCCCUGUAUUUAACAGCUUUUGUGCACGUUUUACUUUUUAUCAAACCUUGUUGAAGUUUUGUCUCUCAAAUAUUGUGCGAACAUGAUGGCAGCCGUUGGACGAUUGGGAAACGUUAUCCGCCAAGACCAGGAAAAUGAGCACUUGUUGGCUGCGAAAGCUAAACUUGCUAAGAACUCGAGACCUCGUGCAGCUCUUGGCGACUUGGGAAACAAACCUGCAGCCCUCACGAGCAAGACCGCAGGAAACCUUGGCGCUGGCGCUAAACCUAAAAGAACUUUGCACAGAGCCGAAGGAACGGCGGGCUUGUUGUCGAAGCAAACGAAAGAUCAUGACGCUAAACAACAGAAAAAGACCAUUGAUAUGGAUACCAUUGGAGAAGCGUUGCAAUUUUGUGUCUCAACCGCCAGACCUGCAAAUGUCGCAGAUAUCGACAAGGAAGACCACUCUAAUCCACAACUGUGUGCCGAAUAUGUGCAAGAAAUUUAUCAGUACAUGCACAAACUGGAGUGUGAAUUCCACGUCUCACCAAGAUAUAUGAGCCAAAGAACCGAAAUCAAGGAAGGAAUGAGAGCCAUUCUGGUUGACUGGCUGAUACAGGUCCACAAUCGAUUCCGUCUGUUGCAGGAAACUCUCUAUAUCACUAUAUCCAUUGUGGAUAGAUUUCUCUCAGUUUACGAUGUCACUAAGAAAGACCUUCAGUUAGCUGGUGUUAGCGCUAUGCUAUUAGCCUCAAAAUAUGAAGAAAUGUAUUGCCCAGAAAUUAGUGACUUCGUUUACAUCACAGACAACACAUACAGCAAAGGCGAAAUCAGGAAAAUGGAGGCUCUCAUCUUUAAGCAUUUGAAUUUCAGUGUAGGAAAACCUCUUUGUCUUCAUUUCCUAAGAAGAAAUUCCAAAGCUGCUGAAGUUGAUGGUGUAAAACACACCAUGGCAAAAUACUUUAUGGAGCUAUCCCUGGUGGACUAUGCAUGCAUAGCAUUUCUUCCUUCUGAGAUUGCAGCGGCAUCUUUAUAUAUUGCAAUGAAAGCAGAUGAUGGUUUAGAAUGGACACCCACAAUGGAGUACUACAGUAUGUACUCUGAAAGUAAACUGCAACCUUGUGCUAGAAGAAUUGCCGUCCUUAUCACAAAGACACUUGAUGGAACGGCAAAACAAAAGGCUGUCUACAAUAAAUUUGCCAGUCCCAAGUUUAUGGAAGUUAGCAAAAUGGAAUGUCUGAGAUCAUCUUUUGUGAGAAAUCUUGCAUCACAAGAGUUGCAAUAGAUUAGCAUUGUUGGAAUAUUUAUAUUCCCUUAAAAUAGCUACUGGUACAUAUAUGUCAAAGUUACACUAGAAUCUGAAGUACAUUGACCAUUGUGUUGGUUCAGUUAUCUUAUUACACUGACCAAGUUAAAGUAUUGAAACUCAACUGCCAGCCAAGGGUGGUACAUGUAUCACUUCCUUUACUUAAGUUUGAUUUUCUGUCAAAAGGUUGUCUGUGACAAUUGUGACAUUAUUUACCCAUGUAAUGUAGCAACACUGAUUACUGCCAACAAGUCUCUUGUUCAUUUGAUCUUUCAGCUCCUUUGCAACAUUGUAAAUACAUGCAUACAGUUGUCUUAAAAAGUUUGACAGAACUAGUCUAGAAAAUGUACUCUGUGGAGAACAUUCCAAAAUGUGCUUGAAAAUUCUGUGUAAUGUGAUCCAUAUAUUGGGUUGGAAGAAAUGCACUUUGGGAAUAUUAAAUCAAUUAUAAUUUAUGUUCAUUUUUACAAUUUGUUAGAUUUAUUAAAUAUUAAUUCUUUAUUGCUAAAUUUUCAUU